UAACUAAUGUGUCAGUUAUACUGAUAGAGAUAAACAUUUUUUCAGCAUGUUAUUUGGAGUAUGUGUCCUGUCCAUCCAUCACGCUGGCGUAUACUCAGAAUCCAGCUAUGACGUCACACAAAACUCCCAAACCGGAAGAAAGAGAAUCGCACCGCUGUGGUUGUUUACUCAAAACAAUCAUGAAUUUCCUGGUGAUUAACUCUCCAAACUCUGUUUCAACCUCCACAAAAAGGAAGCGGGAAGCCGAGCGCUCCUUGAACUGGACGGUGGAGGAGACGCAGGUUCUGCUGUGCGCGUGGAGCGACGAGCGCGUGCAGAAGAGCCUGGCAGAGAACCUGAGGAACCGUCACGUGUUCAAACACCUGUCGGUCCGCAUGAGUGACAUGGGGUUCUCCCGAAGCCCACACCAGUGCCGGCUACGCGUCAAAACCCUCAAGGCCAACUACGUGAGAGCCAAGCUGCUGAGGAGCGUGGACAGCUCCCAGACCGGGGGCUUCAGGUACUAUGCUGAGAUGGAUGCUGUUCUGGGGAGGAAGGCCCUGGCGGGGGGCGGAGGAAGCUGUUUGGACUCCGUCGCUGGAACGGGAGGGCGUCACCUGGGCUUUUUUGGCGAGAGGGAAGGGAUCCAGGUGGACUCUGUGCAGGGGGGCUUGGACGGAGGCGUGGGCGCGCGGCCGCUGAGGCAGUUGGUCGCAGAGAUCAAAGUGGAGGAGGACAGAGAGGUCAGCACAGAUGGGUUUGAAUUCCAUAACGCCGGAUUCACGUCUACUAUGGCGCGCACACAGGGUUCAGUCAGCCUCCAGGAGUCUUUCCUACACUCCAGAGUCUUCAGCGCGCCAACAGAGGACGACCUGAGCUCCGAACCACCCUCCGAAACUCCCAACCUCCCGCCCCCCCCACCCCUCCACCACCCAGCCUCUCCCCUCCCGGAACCCACCCCCGGCCCCAGUGCAGGCCCGGCCCCCACCGACUCCCGUCUCCCCCUGGAGCCAGCCCUCAAGCACCUGUCCGACUGCUUCCAGAGCCUGGUGUCGGAGUCUCGGGGCCUGCUGGAGCGGCUGGAGGUCCAGAGGCGAGAGCAGGGCCGCUGGCAGCAGGAGCUGCUGGCCCAGUGGCUGGAGAGAGAGGACCGCAGGCAGAGGGAGGCGGCAGACAGGGAGGAGCGCAGGGAGAGGGCCCGCAUGGAGCACGAGAUCAGGGUGCUCCAGCUGCUCACUGGCCUGGCUCGGCAGAGGUCGCAGCCCCGCUGCAGGUGCGGCCGGGCGGACACUGGGGAGGAGGCCUUGGCCUGUAGGAGGCUCGCGGCCGAGAACGGGGAUGGGUCGGAUACGGGUGACUUGUAGGUUGGAUGCCGGUUGAGGGACAGUUACACACUGAGGGACAGUUAAACACUGAAUUACUGGUCUUAGUUCAGUCUUCAAGAAAAGAAAAACUUUUUCUUUUUUUCUUGUUCUGUUUUGGUGAAGAUGUUUGACUUUCGUUAGCUUAGGUCAACGUGGAUGGAAUACCUUCAUUUCUUUUAAAUGACUGAGAAAAGAACAGUUGAGGCAAAGUAUAAUCACAGACAGCUACAUAUAUGGCUUUUAUCAGCUCCUGUUGUACCAUUAAAAGGUGUUUGUAUUAUAAUUCUUACAUGACUAUUGUCUUUUACUUUCAGUGGACUUGUAAUCAGUCUAGCAGUUUUCUGUUUCUCCUUGUCCCAUCUUUUCCGAACAGGAAACUCAUUCGUUAAAGGGACACAAGUAACAAAAAGCACCACGCAAUUCUUGUCUAAACUUCCACACUUUCCUCCAGCUGGAGUUUGACUGACAGUGGUUUCACAAAGCAAGACAAGCAGGAAAGCAGUAGUUAUUCUCACUCGUUUUGAGCAUGAUGUGGGAACAUUGCUUCAUGCCAGGAAAUCAGUGGACCAGAUCGGGGCAUUUUUGUGAAAACAUGCAUUUUAGCCUGUGACUGAAACCACCAACCUUUGUGUAUUUGUAUUUCGGUGUAGUCUGCGGUUGAGGUGCUUUGCUGCAGACAUGAUGUUAAUGAAGCUCUUCACACUGUGGAAGCAGUCAGGAAGUCUUCCCAGGGUACCCUCCUCUGUCAUGCUAAACUGAGACGCUGAUGCCUGGCUAAAUAGGCAGACUGGAUAGUUCAGUUAGGUCUUAGAAAAGGAUAUAUUACAUUUACAUUUUAUUCAUUUAGGUAACGCUUGUAUCCAAAUAGAUGUACAAAUAGGACAAAGUCAAAGUACAAAGUACAGCAGAAGAUCAAGGAUCAGAUGUUUUUCAGAGUCAAGGAACGGCGGCCUGUAUUUAAUAGCCACAAACAUAUUAUCUAGUAUAUCAAAUGGGUAAACCUUGGUUCUGGCUUUCUAAUAUUCUGUUAACCUACCAAACACAGUAAAAGUAUAUCGUAAUACUGUUAAGAUGGUUUACAUUGAAAUUUUUUAAUCCCAUGUCGGCCUCACAAAAUAUUCUACAACCGAAAUACUUCCAAGGAGGCCAUUUGCAAACAGCAGUAAAACUGGAUUAUGGUAUAUUCUGAUUCUGGGGUUUGGAGGGUCAAGGUUUUCCAGUUCAGAUGAGCGGAGGACAUUUAUGUAAUGGUUUCCAUGCAUGUUGAAGCGUACAUAGAUUUCAAAGUUAUCUCCUGUUCUUCUCAAAUUUGCUACAACAAUUUGGUUGAAAUGUUUUUGUGUGUACCGUGUUUUCAUGAAAUUCCAGGAGAUCGCUUUUUAGGCUAAAUUUAUUUUAUUGAACUGAAGCCAAACAUAUUUUAUGGUUUCCAAAGUGUCUCCAUUGCAUGUGUUCAUCCAUUGCAAUUCAGAUUUUUUUGGAUGAUUGGCCAAUUAAACAAUUG